UACAAAUGGAUGACAGUCGUGACAGGGUGCGUUGAACUAAAAUUUGUUUUUAUUUACUUACCAUAGCAUACCGCUUCUAGUAUACCUAAGUUCGGGGGUAUACCUAUAUCAGCUAUACAUCGCUCGUUAACAAAAUAUCUGUCGGUUUAUAAUAUGUCAUCCAGUCGAGACGGCUUUAAGCAGAAAGUGGGUCGACAAAACUCCAUGUCCACAAUAACGAAUCUCUUAAACCAUAACAAUUCGGUGCAAAAUGCCAAUUCCACCAGCAAAACCGAAUCGGAUGAGUAUGUGCCAAUAUUUUACAAUGAAAUUUCGGAUAUUAUGCGGGGAUUCGGUGACUGUCAGAAGCCAUUAAAAGAAUCCAUCAUUUUGGUGGACAAAAUUUUGCUGCAACAAUUGCGCGGCAUUUUACAGGAAGUUAUUCAAUUGGCAGUAGAACGGAAGGGUAAACCGGAACCGUCACUGCGAGACUUCGAAUUUUUAAUGAGAAAGAAUCCGGUUCGAGUGUACCGACUGCAGCAUUACUUGACAAAUCUACAAAAGAUUCGCCGCAUCCAGGAAAUGAACAAUGUCAUACCAUCCAGUUAUCACAACGAAUUGGAAUCAAAUGAAGAUGCUGAGGAUGAAGAAGAUAGAACAAUUCCUGAGCAAAAAAACGAUGAGGAGAAGCUUCGUCGACACUUCCGAGCCGAUAGAAUAUCGCAAAUACUUGGCGGAGCUCAAUACAAAGAAUACUCAGAGUCACGACGCACAUCAUUCAGUGUCAUCAGAAACUCAACUACCAUCAGAAAUAAGCUACGGUUGUGGUUGAAACCACCCAGUGACACAGUUAUGUCGAAUAGAGUGUACACGAUCCUAUCGUAUCUAGCGCAUGAGACAAUUGCAGCUAUUGUCGAUUUUAGUAUACUGACCCGACUGAAUUCAGCUAACCGUCAAACGGAACCUUACAGCCGAAUCAUGACAUCAGGUGCGUCACACAAUAUGCUUCAUCUAUGUCCCGAAGUGACCCAGGGUCGUGGAAUGGAUGGCAUCAAACCGAUUACAGUGCAGGAGAUUCAGGAAGCCGUUCGUCGGCACACAAUCGCUUCAACCAGAACGCUGGGCCUGUACCGCAACAUGGACAAUUCGUCGUCGACUGUACCGUUUCUAGCCAUUUAAUGAAAUAAAACGAUGGCAACUACUUCCCCACCAAAUUUUAUUGAUUUUUUCAU